AUGCACUUUAAAAUUUUUGUUCACUAUCACAGACAAGAAGACAACACAGGACGAGAAAACCCCCUGAAGACCGAGCAGGCAGUUGGAGCUGGUCAGAAACCAGACCCAGCUGCCCCAGAAACGUCUUUGUCGUCUGCAGCAGAGGCAGCGCAGUUCCACAGCAGCAGAGGCAGCAGAGGCAACAGAGACCUCAAACAGCCCCCAAAGAGCCCUUUCUCGCCGGUAACAGCCUCUUACUAUCAAUUCCAUGCCUGGGUCCCUCAGCAGCGAGCUGGUUUUCAAGUCCCUCUGCUGCCUCUGCUGCUUUUGAUGCUUUGUCAUUAUCCCAGCAAUCGCAGCUUGGGUCAACUGCUUCCUGGCCAGCAAGGGCAGUCAUUCACGCCUGUGUUUGUCCGCUGUUCCAAAGAGGCUGGUGUUUUUGCUGACACUGUUUCUUCUACUACUACUGCUGCUGCUGCUGCUGCUUCUACUGCUGUUCCUUUUGCCGAAGAAGCAGCUCCAGUUGGAAACACACGCAACCACUCCUCACGUCCCUCACGCACUUCUCACACGCUCACGCACUUUGCGGUCGCGAAACAGCGCGUUCAUCCACAGCGGUGGGAAAAAAAACAAAAUCGAUGA